AUGGCUGCCGAAACUCUUGUGCGCCUACCUGCCAGGUACGAUCAUGACCAGGAAUCGAGUGACGAGAGAUUACAAAAGGAUGAGACGGAGGAACAGCUCGAGAAACUUCUAUUUGGAGACUCUGAAGGAUUUUACGAUGCGAUAAAGGAGCAUAAACGGCCUUCAGACGCUUUGGUUCUGCGAGAAGAUUCGGAGGCAGGGGGAGAGGAGGAAGGCGAGAAAGCGGCAGAAGAUGACGCUGAAUCGAUCGACUAUUUCGCGGGUUUGGAUGAUGCCGACUUGUUCGUCUUUGAUACUGGCGCCGGAGAAGCUCCUCAGGUAAUUGAGGACCAGUCGAUUACAGCCCCCGCAAAAGUCUCGCCCGCUGAGAAUAAUCUACUUGAGACGGAAGCUGCUGCUGCAUGGGAGGACAGUGAUGAUGAGCGCAUUGCUGUUUCGCUUGCCGCAAACGAGCGCAUGCGCAAGUUAAGAUUGACAGAAGCCGAAGACGUGGUAACAGGUAAAGAGUAUAUCAGACGGCUUCGAAGACAAUUCGAACGGUUGCAACCUGCGCCAGAGUGGGCAAAUCCGAUAGCUACUAGAGCCGCGAAGAGAAGAAAGAUGGGAGACAGGUCAGAAGAUGAGUCAGUUGCUAGUGGUGAUGAAAUGGUUACAGACUCGGAAGACGAUAUGGAACAACAGCCUCUGGCACGAUUGUUACAAAAUAUUGGCAGCCUUUCAAGACAGGACGAUCUUGCAGAGUCCAAGGGCAAACGGAAACUCCGACAAGAAGUCCUAGAUAUUCAACGAUUAAAGGAUGUUGGAGGGAAUCAGCCUUCCACAAUCGAUUCGCUAACUUUCCACCCACAUUACCCUCUCCUCCUCUCAUCAGGCCCUGCUUCGACCCUCUUCCUUCACCAUGUCUCUCCGCAGUCCGCUGCACCGAAUCCCCUCGUCACUUCUCUUCACAUCAAACGCACUCCCCUCCGCACCAGCGCAUUCCUACCUCCCAAUGGAAAUCGCAUAUUCUUUUCCGGCCGCCGUCGAUAUUUCCAUGUCUGGGAUUUAGAUACUGGAAAGGUCGAAAAGGUCAAUGGUACUGCGGACCGCAGGGAAGAGCAAAAGACCAUGGAAAAUUUCAAGCUUUCGCCGUGCGGACGGUGGAUGGGCCUGGUAGGAAGCACCAGGAAAGGAGGUGGUAUCAUCACGGUUCUUGACGCAAGUACCAUGCAAUGGGUGGCUCAGGUACGCAUCGAUAGUCGCGGUGGCGUUGCUGAUUUCGCCUGGUGGAGUGACGGCGAAGGUAUGUGCGUCGUAGGAAAGAACGGAGAAGUGAGCGAGUGGGACGGCAGAGAGAACCGCAUUGUCGCCAGAUGGGUCGAUGAAGGUGCCGUUGGAACUACAGUGAUAAGCCUGGGAGGGAACUCGGGCAAGCCGCAGCUUGGUGGCGAUCGAUGGGUAGCGAUCGGCAGCUCCAGCGGCAUUGUAAAUAUCUACGACCGGAGACCAUGGGCCGCUGCAGCUGCAAUGGCAGCGAACUCGACAGGAGCAUUGCAAAAGUCUAGUAAAGCAGCAGGAGAGCCGGAAAACACGCAGUUCGGGGUACCGAGGAAUCCCAAGCCGGCACGCAUGCUGGACCAACUGACGACGCCCAUGAGCCAUCUAGUCUUUUCAAAAGAUGGGCAGAUACUUGCGAUGGCGAGCCGGUGGAAGAAGGAUGCGCUUAGGCUAGGUUAG